AUGUGCUCUGGUGAAGGAGGGGACUCAGCUGUCCAGUUCCCUAUUGAUAUAGAAAAGGAAGAUCUGCCGAAACCAGACGUGUUGCCAGCUACACCUAGCUGUGGAGCAGCCUGCACAUGGUCAGCUGCCUUCAGUGCACUGAAUGUUUCUGAAGGCACUGCUAAUUACUCUGGAGGAUUUCAGGAUGCACAGAGGCACAACAAAGACUAUGAUGCAUAUCUAUCCUAUACCAAAGUAGAUCCUGACCAGUGGAAUCAAGAAACUGGAGAAGAAGAAAGAUUUGCUCUUGAGAUCCUACCAGAUAUGCUUGAAAAACAUUAUGGAUACAAGUUGUUCAUACCAGACAGAGAUUUGAUUCCGACAGGAACCUACAUUGAAGACGUGGCAAGAUGUGUAGACCAAAGCAAGCGACUGAUCAUCGUCAUGACUCCAAAUUAUGUGGUAAGAAGAGGCUGGAGCAUCUUUGAACUGGAAACGAGGCUUCGAAACAUGUUAGUCACAGGCGAAAUCAAAGUGAUACUGAUUGAAUGCAGUGAACUACGAGGAGUUAUGAACUACCAGGAGGUCGAGGCCCUAAAACACACCAUCAAGCUCCUCACUGUCAUUAAAUGGCAUGGACCAAAAUGCAACAAGUUGAAUUCCAAGUUCUGGAAACGUUUACAGUACGAAAUGCCUUUUAAGAGGAUUGAACCCAUCACACACGAGCAGGUUUUAGAUGUCAGUGAGCAGGGGCCCUUUGGGGAACUGCAGACAGUCUCUGCAAUUUCCAUGGCUGCUGCCACCUCCACUGCUCUUGCCACUGCCCAUCCAGACCUGCGCUCCACUUUUCAUAACACAUAUCAUUCACAGAUGCGCCAGAAACACUAUUAUCGAAGCUACGAAUACGAUGUACCUCCUACCGGCACCCUGCCGCUUACCUCAAUAGGUAACCAGCAUACCUACUGCAACAUCCCUAUGACACUUAUAAAUGGGCAGCGGCCACAGACAAAAACUAACAGGGAGCAGAACCCGGAAGAGGCUCACACAAACAGUGCGAUACUACCCCUCUUGCCACGGGAGACCAGUAUAUCAAGUGUCAUUUGGUGA